AUGGGCAAGCGCAAGGGUCGCCGUGCGGCCGCUCCCGCCGCUCUGGUGGACCCCAUGGACCCCGAGACCUCUGAGCCGCCCUCGUGCGGGGACGGGGGGGGCUGCUGCGGCAUCAAGAGCGACGGGGGAGAAACGGCGGUUUCCUGCUCAAGCGGCGAGGAGGACGUGGCUGCAUUGAAGAAGGAGGAGGAGAGCGAGACGACGGAGGUGUGUGCGUCUUCGUGCUGCAGCGGCGACCAGAAGAAGGGCACGUCUGGAUGCUGCUCGUCUAAAGUGGAGGUAACUACUGCCGAUGCGUCCGCUACUAGUUCAGGCUGCUGCUCGUCGAAGGCAGCAAAGACUUCAAGUGAGUCAGACGAGUCCUGUGCGUCUAGAGGCGAACCGAAGUCGACUGCCUGCUGCUCGUCGAAGAAGAAGGAGGUCGACCCGGGGUGCUCAUCGUCCAACGCCCUGGAGGCUGAUCUUGCCGCUGACGACUGCUGUGCAUCAACGAAAAAGCCCAAAGCCUCUGGUUGCUUCUCGUCAAAGGCGAACAAGACUCCUGGUGUGACUGCUUGCGGGCCGUCGGACGUGCCGAUGGCCAAGGGCGGAGGUUGCUGCUCGUCCAAGAAAGAGAUCAAGGAAUCUGGAUGUGGUUCGUCCGACGCGUCAAAGACUGAGUGGAGUGGCUGUUGCUCUUCCAAGAGAGAAACGAAAGCGUCGGGAUGCUGCUCAUCUAAGGCGUCGAAGAAGGAGUCAGGUGGCUGCUGCUCAUCCCCAAAGGGCAAGAGGAAGACGCCUGGUUCGGGAUGCUGUUCAUCAAAGGCGAAAGACCUGCCGCUUCCGGAACGAACCCCAAGCUUUUUAAACCGCUUGGUGCAGUUUCGCAGCGACCGCGGCGCUGCGCUUGAGAAACAGCGAUCGAACUUCAGCAGCUCGGGUAAGCAGAGAAAAAUGAGCGAAUCACUGGAGACGCUGCGCCUGAAUAUUGGCGGCAUGACGUGCAGUGGCUGUUGUACGCGGAUCGAGAAGUUUAUGGUCGCGCAGCGUGGUAUUGCAGACGUGAAUGUGAGUCUCCUUACGAGCCGUGGGGUCUUUCAGUAUGAUCCGCGACUGGUGACGGCAAAGGACAUCGAGCAAACCGUGGCUACGCUAGGGUUUGAGCCGAGUGUUCUGUCUAGCGACGAGCUUGUUAGCAUCGUCCUGCACCUUGGACGGCCCGAGAGUGCACCGCGUGCGAGGAAACUGCUUCUCGAGUUUGUUGGAGUUGCUUCUGUGGAAGACGCCGAUGAACCGCCCAUUUCUUCGGGCUCGGGCUUGUCGUGCAAGACGUUGCUUGUCGAGUACAACCCGGAUAUCACUGGUGCCCGUAGAAUUGUGCGUCAUCUCUCGCGUGAGCUAGGAUUCACUGUUCAAGCCUCAAGCCCACGAGCGCCAUCGGUUCGUGCAGGAGAAGAAGAAGUGCGUCGAUUUACACGGCUGUUACUUUGGAGCUGUCUGCUGUCAUUGCCGGUCAUCUUCAUCGAGUUUGUGCUGCCGGCAAUUUUCCCCUCGUCCGACAACAACCCAGCGGAUGCGGCAGUCUGGGGCACCGCGGGCCACUUGAGUGUCCGAGACGCUGUGGAGUUGGUAUGCGCUACACCAGUACUGUUUCUAGUAGCGCGCCCCAUUCACGAAAGCGCUUUCCUGGCGCUGCGCUAUGGUGGGCGGGUUACCAUGGACGUCCUUGUCUCGCUAAGUGCUUGCACGGCCUACACGUUUUCGGUUUUCACGGUUGUGACAAAGGCGCUCAGGAGGUCUGGAGCACCGGGAGAAGUCGGACCAGCUACUCAACCACCGCAGGGGCACGUGGAGGCAUCAUUGAGAGCUGAUACGUUUUUCCAGGUCACGGUGCUGCUUAUUACUCUCAUCCUGGUUGGUCGCUACAUUGAAACGCGGGUGAAGUCUCGAGCUUCGAACAGUGUGGACGCGCUGCUGCGUAUGCAGGCCAAGACUGCUAUUUUGCUCGAAGACGAGGACCAGAAGGAACUGUACGUUGAUGUGGUGCUUGUCGAGCGUGGAGAUCUACUUAAGGUUCUUCCUGGUACACGGGUACCUACGGAUGGUGUGGUUGUGGGAGGUGUUAGCUCUGUGGAUGAGUCCAUGGUGACAGGCGAAGCUCGUAAGGUGCCCAAGGAACCUGGAGCGACAGUGAUCGGCGGCUCCAUCAAUGCUCAAGGCGUUCUGACCAUGCGGGUCACGCACACACUUCACGAAUCCAUGUUGGCGCGAAUGGUGCGACUCGUUGGGGAAGCACAGGCCUCACGGGGUGUGCGCCAGAGUAUUGCCGAUGCGGUGGCAGCAUACUUCACCACGUUCAUCAUCGUUUUGGCGGUCUGCAUAUUCGCGUUGUGGUACUCUCUCGCUAAGCGCGGUCUAGUGGACACACAGGGCUGGGGGCCUUUCCCAUUUGCACUGCGAUUUGCGAUCACGGUCUUGGUCAUUAGUUGCCCGUGUGCGAUCAGCCUUGCUGUGCCAACUGCUGUUAUGGUUGCUACGACGAAAGGGUCGCAGGUGGGCGUCCUUUUCAAGGGUGGUCGGGCGCUGGAGGCGCUUGAAGAAGUGGAUGCUGUCGUGUUUGACAAGACGGGCACCCUCACCACUGCACAGCUCGGAGUGGCUAAUGUGUUCACGCCAAGAAAUGGUCUCAGUUCCACUCGGCUCUGGCGCUAUGUAGCCUCCGCGGAAAGCGGUAGUGAGCACUCCAUUGGCAAAGCACUAGUCGCGCAUGCCGAGACUCAAAUCCAAGGGUUUCAAGUCGAUGAAGCACAAGGGUUCGAGGCCGUUCCUGGAUGUGGGGUACACUGUACUGUGCGAAGAGUUGAUGUACGCCUCGGUUCGCUCACGUGGCUUAAACAGCAAACGUACAGUGACUAUCGUGCUCUUCGAGUUCCUCCGGAGUUCAUCGAAGCAAAUCAGCAGUUUCAGUCCCAGGGCUGCAUCGUGGUGUUCGUCGUCGUUGAUGGAGAACUACAAUCUGCUAUUGCGUUGCGUGACGCUCCGCGCCCCGAAGCCGCUCGUGUCAUCGAGUAUCUGAAGCACGAGGGAAUCCAGCCGUGGAUUGUCACUGGUGAUCAGCAUGGCACAGCAAUGAGCGUGGCAAAGACGCUAGGUGUUCCCGAAGGCUCCGUGCUAGCCGAAAGUCUUCCUCAUCAAAAGGUCGACAAGGUGCGCCUACUGCAGAGUUUGGGCUUGCGCGUUGCCUUUGUGGGUGACGGUGUGAACGACGCCCCUGCGCUUGCUACGGCUGAUGUGGGUGUGGCACUUGGAGCUGGCACGGAUGUGGCUCUUGACGCUGCUGACGUGGUGCUGGUCAAGGACGACCUGCGGGAUCUGUUGAACGCCCGUGCGCUUUCAUGCGCAACCAACAGGCGCAUCAGGCACAACUUUGCCUGGGGGUUCAUGUACAACGUGCUGAUGAUGCCUGUGGCGUGUGGCGCACUGUAUGCACCGCUCGGAAUCUGGAUCCCUCCGGCCCUUGCUGGUCUGUCGGAGCUGCUCUCAUCGGUACCGGUCAUCCUCUUCUCGUUGCUGCUUAACCUUUGGAAGCCACCUUUCAAUGGUGACUGGGGUCUACGACAGAAUCAUGUGGCGAUCGACGUAUCGGAAUCUACGCCGCUGUUGCACAAGAAAGACUAGUUGUGCGGUUGCAAAUGAGGCGAAGAUACGGUAGACAGGGAAACACAGCAGUUUGCUGUUGCUUGUUUGUACACUUUGGUAUGUU